ACUUGUGUGCGACUCUUAUGAAAGUCGGGAUCGGUGUACAAAUAAUUUACAAAAGUUUGCGGGAAAAGAAGGAAGGAGACGAGACAAAGCAAUCUAAAAAGAAACUUGCCGGAACAGCUGCAAAAAGAUGCCGAAGUCAAAGGAAUUCAUUUCUUCUUCGGAGUCGGACUCUGAUAAUGACCAGACACCAACUCGACAAAGUGUGGUAAAACAUACGGAUUACAGCUACCGCUCAUUCGCACAGCGUGUCAUUAAAGAAGAGAGUCUGUCGGAAAUAAAACUGCAUUCUUCAUCUGAGCCAAAACAGAAAAAGAAGAAGGUAGAAAAAAAAGAAAAGAAAGAGAAGACUGAAAGCAAGAAAGAGGAGAAAUCCUCAUCAUCAAAGGGUCCUGGUGGGGAAUACAUGUUUCAGCUGUCUAAGAUGAGAUUUGCCACAGUCAGUCAGUUUCGUGGUAAUGUUAUGGUGGGAAUCAGAGAAUUUUAUGAUGCCGGUGGAGAAUUGAAACCAGGGAAAAAAGGUAUUUCUCUGUCAAAAGAUCAAUGGAAGAAACUGAAGGAACAUAUAGAUGAAAUAGAUGAUGCUGUAAAAGACCUUUCCUAGAAUUUGCUGGGUGUAGCUUUUUUUUUCAAGUCUUUAAUGUCAGUCUGGCAGGAACUGCAGAAGGCAUCACAAGACAAACAAAAUUCAAUCUAAAAACCAACAUAUUAAUGUUUUUAGAUUUGUCAUUUUCUUUUAUUAUGAGGGUCAAGUUCAUGAGAAUCAAAGAAUCCUGUUCAGGACUGGGAUUGAAGGAAAUCAUUAAAACAAUGACUUGGCAUCAGUUUGAUGGCUGUUACUAAAGAUCUCAGCAAGUACUGUAAAGUGAUACACUGAUCAAAAAUGGUGUACUCUGAUUUUUAGAUGUAAAGUCACAUGGGAUAUUUAAGCCAUUUUCUUAAACCUAUUUUUUUUUAUCUUCUCUGUAUGAAGAGUUCUUGUCAGAUUUCUGAAAUGUUUAUAUUUUAUGUUGUAGUAAGAUUACUAUACUUUGUACAUCAGCCUGGUUAGCUCUAAGAAUCAAUGGUUAGUUCACCUAAUUAGUAAUCCAGGGUUCGAUUUUGGUAUUGUCCAAUGUUGCCUUAAACAUGCGUUGUAUAUUGUAACUGGAAAUCCGUGAACUUUGGUAUUAUUAACUAGAGUGUCAGAUUCAUUUAAAAUUAUACACAUGCAAUUUGUUGCAAUUAAAAUGGAUCUCUGUCCAUUCAAAACAUUGAACCAUGUCAUUUCGAAUGCUUGCUUAAGAUGUGAUUUUGUUGAAAUACAUCACUAAAAUUGAAAA